UGUUCGACGUGUCAAUUUGGAGCGAACGCAGCUCCGGUGAAGAGAAUUUCGAAUAUAAAUUAAUAACCGAAGUCACAGAUUUUUAUUGAAAGUCGAAAGAUCCGAUACACCGUCAUGCUCGGAAUUAAUUUUCGAAAAUACUUGGAUGAAAAAAUGAAAAAUAUUCCAACGGAUUAUAACACGAAAAUUCCGAUUUGGGUACUCAGGAUCACGGGAGCCUGGCGACCGAUGAAAAAAUAUAGUAAAAUUUAUCUGAUCUGGAGCACGUUCAUGAUGACGUGUGUUUUGGGAUAUUUGGUAUUGGUACAAACCGCGUUUGUCGUCGCAGAGGUAACGCGAGAUGCCGAAAAAUCAGCGUCGACCGUAUCACUUUUGUUCAAUAAUUGCGUUCACGUCUUCAAGGUCUAUCUGAUUAUUCGUCACCGUAAACGUAUCCAAAAACUGUUGGACCGUACACAGGAAAGAAUCGACAUCUUCAAGGACACGGAGGCAUCGAAAAAAAUUCGAUACCGAUACGCCUGGAGCAGUUUUACGCAUUAUGCAUUUUUUCAAUUCACCGGAGUAGCCGCUUGCGUUUCUUGGACCGCAAAUUCCAUCGCCCAGAGUCUCAGAGACAAAUCUAACAGAGUUCUGCCACUGAACGCCUGGUAUCCAUACGACGCGUUGGUCUCUCCUUCGUACGAACUCACCGUUGCUUGUCAGGCUUACACGCUGUUCAGUUGUUGCUUUCAAAAUAUCGCCAUGGACGGUUUCAUGAUCGGUUACAUGGCGAUUAUCGGAUGCGAGCUGGAAAUAUUGAAAACCAAACUAAAGGAGAUCGGUGACGAUGCGGACGAGCCGGUCGGUGGUUCAGAUUACGAAAAGAUGAACGUUUUGAAGCUGAAGAAAGUCGACGAAAAAAUUUGUCGAGAGCUUGCGCUGUGCGUCGAACAUCACAUAAAAAUAAUCGAGUGCGCCAGAGAAUUUCAAGAUAUCUUUCAUCUGGCAAUUUUUCUACAAUUCAUGGAAAAUUGUUUGGUAAUAUGCAUGACCGCCUUCGCAAUCUCGCAGCUGACCGAGUACAACAUGUCAACGAUUAUGGGAAACUUAUCCUACCUGAUGGCAAUAGGAUACCAACUUUUCAUGUACUGUUAUUUCGGCAACGUCGUCGCCAUCCAAAAGAACGCAAAUAUGAAUUCGCUGGAAGCGAAUUUUCACGUGAAAAUGAGUCUCGGAAUAAAUCGUUGGCUGGGCACCUGGCCUCCCGAAGGACGCUAUCGUUGGAUUUACAUGUUCUACGAAUCGUUCAGUUUUCUAUUCAUACUAGGAAUACUCCUGAUCGUUCAGACUGUAAAUUUGACAGUUAUUUGGGGCGAUCAUGACGUUGAGAAAAUUAUAGCCGGAAGCUUUCUUCUUAUGACAAAUUCAUCGCACGCGCUCAAGGUGUUGAAUCUCUUGCUGCGGCAAAAUCGGAUAAGGGCUCUUUUGGAGAAGGUUUCGAGCGACACGUUUUCCAAGUACAAUUAUCGGUACGAGAGUAUCCUGAAGCGAUACACAUCGAACGGUAUUUUCCAUUACAUCGCCUAUCAGAGUUUUGGCACGGUAGCGGUUUUUUGUUGGGGAUUCGGACCGGUCGCCGAUCUGACAGCGGGCAGAAAUCGUCAGCUUCCGAUGGAGGGAUGGUAUCCUUACAACGUAACGAAAUCCCCGGCCUUCGAAUUCACUUGCGCCCAUCAGGGGCUCGCAAUGUUGAUGGGAUGUUUCCAAAAUAUCGGUAUGGACACUUUGGUCACGGGUUUGUUUACGGUUGUCUGUUGUCAACUGGAGAUACUGAAGACCAACAUCAGCCAGAUCGGAGCAAACGAUUCGCAGCAAUUUUCCGCAAAAGUUGCCGAAGAACAACUUGAAAAUUGCAUAAAACACCAUACCGAUAUCAUCUAUUUCGCUAGAGAAAUCGAAGCGAUCUUCAGUGGUACGAUAGCGAUGCAGUUUUUCGUGAAUUGUAUAAUUAUAUGCAUGACGGCAUUUCACAUCACACAGAUGAAAAUUUUUAUUCCAACAGAAGUAAUCGGCACGACAAUGUACAUCUGCUGUAUGACCUAUCAAAUAUUUAUCUACUGUUGGCACGGUAACGAAAUUGUUCUCCACAGCGAAAGUGUCGUGUAUGCCGCUUUUAUGGGGAAUUGGUGGCGUUGCGGAGAACGUUACAAACGUGCCUUGCGCCUUUUAAUGGUCAGAGCGAAUCGUCCGCUGGUGUUAAAAGCUGGAAACAUAUUGACCCUUUCGCUGCAGACCUUCGUUGUGAUCCUGAGAGCGUCUUACUCGUUUUUCACAGUACUGCAGACUUCGACGGACAAGUCUUAGAUGAAUUACGAAUGUGUAGUCGUUGAUGUUCGAAUAGUGUACCUAAUGUCGGAAUAAAUUAUGCAAAUGAAAAAUAUGUCGAUGGAUGAUGGAUAGAAAGUCAUCUGUAGUGUUUUUUUUUUUUUUUUCUUUUUAUA